AUGUCAACUCAAGAGCCACCAAACCCUCUCCGACCAUAUUACAGACCGCCUUCUAUCGGGAUUUCACAACCUUCUCCUGUGACUACACUGACAACUCACGGAUUAGGACCCAAUAAUGGUAACGCUUCCUCAUACGCUUCCUCAGCCAGAGAUAUCUUCUCCGAAAUUGAUUACAAAGAUUACUUAUCUAAAUCCUCACCAUCAUCGCUCGAAUCGAUUAAAUACCAGGUUGAUGAGUGGCUUUACAGAUAUGUGGGAACCUUAUUCGCACAACCGUUCGAUGUAGCGAAGAUAAUUUUACAGGCAAGGUGUCACGACUCAGAGGAUAAGAGGAAAUCGCUGAAUGAGAAUUUAUGCCCACACAGGGCUACUAUCAGGGAGCCUAUCACCAGUAAUUAUCUGUCUGAUGACUCAGAUCUGGAUGAACCAUCAUAUUUUACAACUGCCGCCCCCAUACCAAUCGAUGAAAGGUCCUCAAAAAACAGAAAUCGAGGCGUUACAAAUCCUAAGCCUAGCCCACCUCCAUCAUACCAACUUGCAUUAAAAACAACAGGCUCGGUUCUUGAAGUUAUCUCUCAAGAGUGGGCAAAGGAAGGUGCCCGGGGAGUAUGGAAAGGGUCAAAUAUUACCUUUGUUCACGGUAUAUUAUUCGACACCUUAGAAAAAUGGUUAAGAGGUUUAAUGUCAGCUAUCCUAAACUUGCCAGAGACUGGUCUUAGCUCUGGGCUAGAAAUCCCUGCCGAAUUUUCCGGACUACUCUAUCCAUACACAUCCCUUGCUCUAUCGCUUUCCGCGGGAGUCAUGGCGGGAGUCAUCCUGGCCCCAAUAGAUCUUAUACGAACCAAAGUCAUGCUGACACCUACGUCCGUCACUAAACGCUCGCUUGUGAGCCAGUUCCGGAUGUUAAAUUCAUACCUCUGUCCGUCAGCUCUUCUUAUCCCAACGAUAUUGCACUCUCUUGUCACACCAGCUAUUGUGUAUUCUACACCAACUUUUUUAAGGUCACAUCUGUCGAUCGACCCACUAUUAACACCUAGCUCGUACCAAAUAGCUCGACUAGUAUCUCGUAUGCUCGAACUAUGUAUUAAACUACCCAUGGAAAUAGUUCUAAGACGAGCUCAAAUAUCAUUUAUAAAGAAAGGGCAAGGGUGGAGUAAUAUUCAGGGAAGUCAGAGCAACCAUAUCUCCACUACAGUUCCGGUAGGAGAUUAUAGAGGAGUUUUUGGCACAAUGUGGCUUAUCGUCAAUGAGGAAGGAACAAGAGAAUUAUCAAUAUCAGGAGACCGAAAUAAAAAAACUAAGAUUAUAAGGGGACAAGGGCUUUCAGGAUUGUGGCGAGGUUGGAGAGUAGGCAUGUGGGGCAUCGUUGGGUUAUGGGGUGCAAGAAUUCUUAAUGGUAGUAAUGGGAACAUUGGCGAAUUUUAA